AUGUCCAUCCAAAAUCCUUCGCUGGAACCCACCAAAAAGCGCCCAUUGCUUUCAUUUUUACUCACUCUUCUCCGCUUCUUCCUGUGUGAUCGAUUCAGGGAGCUCCGAGAGCCUCCAAUGGCGGUCUUCAGACCUCUUCUUCCGUGUUUGAUCCUGCUGUUCGUGGUGCCCUUCGUUCCUUCUGAUGCUAGAGAGUUCCUGGUUGGCGGCCGAGAAAGUUCCUGGAAAAUCCCCCACUUUCCCGAGGAUUUCAACAGAUGGUCCGGGAAAAUGCAGUUCGUCGUCGGCGAUACCCUCGUGUUGAAGUACAAAGAGAAAGCCGAUUCGGUGCUGCAAGUGACGGAGGAGAACUACAAUAACUGCAACACAACGAAUCCAAUCAAACAGUACGACGACGGCGACACCGAGAUCCAACUGGACCGGCCGGGCCCGUUUUACCUCAUCAGCGGGGCAGCCGGCCACUGCGAGAAGGGCCAGAAGCUGGCGGUGAGAGUGUUAUCGCUCAAACAUGGCUCCAUCCGGGGGCUUCCUCCUGCUGCAGCGCCGAUGCGGGCGCCUGCGCCUUCUCGGCUUAACGUGCUUGCUCCGUCGACUGCUCCGGGCGGCGGCGGCGGCUGUUUGGAGGUUGGAGCUCUGACUGUGGCGAUGGUUUUGGGAUGCUUGGUUGGGCUGGCCGCCUUGGUCUGAGA